CCUCCUUUCUUCUUCCUCCUGCCUGUCUCUCCCUCUCCUUCGCUCUUCUCCACCCUCCUCAUGCUCCCCUUCCCCUCGCGCUUACCUCCUCUCUCACUCCGUCCUCUUGUCGCAGCGGGAGCUCGAUGCCCGGCGUGUACCUCUGCGAAGACGGCGGCGCUCUCGACCCCCUACUGAUCUCCAGCUGCGCCGCCCACGAGGAGGAGGAGCGCUACAAGGAAAAGGAGAAGGAAGUGUCCGGUGGCCUCUUCUUCCAUCGCAUCUCCUCCGCCUCCCCCCGCUCCAGCCGUCCCUCGACGCCUCAGUUCCACCAGUUCUUCCCCGCCCCUUUCCCCGAGCCGCCCGUCCCCGACGCACCGGCACCGGAUCCGAGCUUGUCAACUCAGGGCAACGACGGGAUGCAGUUCGACGUCGCUCGGGUGUCUGAAGAGAGGACAGUCAGCUGCGUGGCGGAGAAGCGGGAUUUGAAAGCGAACCCUUCCGGGUCUGGAACGAUCACGAGGGCGGAGCUGGCGAGCUUGGUGGCAUGGCUGAGAGGCAUCGCGAUCGAUCCCCGUGACCGCACGCGGGUGGUGGAGAAGGAAGAGUUCGUGGACGCGCAGGUGCUGAGAGCCCGGGAGACGCUGUUCCGGACUCUGGAUGACGCAACGAAGACGACGGAGUUCCCUUUUCCUCCUGAGAAAAAGCAAAAAGUUAGGAGACACUCAGAAGGUUUACAGAAGAAGGGGAAGCUUGGUUCUGUUGAAAAACUGAUUCAACCGAAACGGAGGUCUGAAAGGAUAGCUCAAAAUGAGAAUGAAAAUAUUCGGCAUCUUCGCACACGCAGAAAACGUAUUGGACUUGGAUCAAAUUUUCAAGCCGAUGUGCCUGAUUGGACGUGCCCACCUUGUGAAACGAGUAUUUGUAGUUAUAAGGAGGAUCCUGAUGCAAGUAAGUGGGUGGGUUUUCUAAUUUGGCCAGCACGAGGGAAUGACAGGAAUGAAUUUGAUGAAAAAAUGCAAAAAAGAGAAACAAAUUAUUGUGCUUGCCCCUCUCCAGGAUCUAUUGUCUGCAUCAGAUCUCACGUGAGUGAAGCCAGACUUAAGCUGAAGGUUGAGCUAGGCCAAACUUUCUUUGAUUGGGGUUUUGAUUGCAUGGGUGAAGAAGUUUCCGAGUCAUGGACAGGUGAGGAACAAGCUUGGUUUGAUGCUCUUAAGAGGCAAGAAAAUGAGUCUGGAAAUAGCAUUUGGCAAGCUAUCCCAACAUACUUUAGCUCCAAAAGCAGACGAAACUUGAUAAACUAUUACUUUAAUGUUUAUCUCCUGCGACAGAUGAGCAUCGACAGUAGAUUGAUGCCCGAGUGCAUCAACUCAGAUGAAGAGAAGAAUCAUGAUGAUGAGGAAAUUGAGGAUCCCAAAAAGAAGAGAGUUCCUGUGAAGAAAAAGGCAAAGUUCUUGAAUACUCAUGCUUCAGAUUGCGUGGAUGUCAAUAGGGUAAAGUCCUUUUCUUUGUCCUCCAUCGACUGUUCCUGCAUUUUGGAGACCCACGAGUGCAAAUGUAGAGUAACAUAGGAGCUUGAAGUCUAAUCAAUUUUAUUACGAUACUACUCAAAUCUCUAAACUUGUGAUAUAUUUGAUUGGAGUCCCUUUGUCAUUCCAUUAACUUAGCGGAAGUAUAAACCAAAGUUUAAAGAAUUGUUCCAUAUUGGGGUUUCGAUCUCUGAUCCGGAUGAUACAGUGACCGUAGCAUGGUCUGCCAAACUUUCAGC